AGAGUUCUGCAGACGGGGAGGGUACGGACGGGAUGGGUCCAUUCUUUGCCCAGGAUGAAAGGGGCUUUGCACGGAGCAAGUCAAAAGCUCUGGCGAGGCUGCGAAGCCAGUGGCUUUCCUGCUGCGGAGGAGAGGACGGAGGCCAGGGAGACCCAGAGACCAACGCCCGCGUCCCGCCUCUGGGUCCUGCGCCUUUAAGAACUCCUCCUCUGAGCAGUGCCCACCGAGGGCAGGGCGGCGCUGUCCCUCCGAGGCGCCUUCAGUCUUCCCCCGAGCAGGGGCUGGGCUGCGGAGCCUUCAGCAGCGGCGGCGACGGCCGGGGGUCCCGUGCGCCUGGAGAGCGCACUCCCUUCCCGCGGAGGGCAGCUUUGGUGGACUCCAGGCGUCCAGAGGGCGGCAAGCCAGGUUCGUUCCCCUUCCAGCCUGCCCUCUCUGCCAUGGCUCCCCCGUGGCCCCCCAACGAGACCUGGCCGGGGUCGGCGGAGCAAGCGGGGCUGGGGGGCAACGGCACCAAUUGUUCUGGGACGGAAAGCAGCCUCAGCCGGCAGGGGGCGCUCGGAGCUGCCCUCAGCCUGGCGGUGCUGGUGACGGUGGCCGGCAACCUGCUGGUGGUGGUGGCCAUUGCUAAGACCCCUCGCCUGCAGACCAUGACCAACGUCUUCAUCACUUCUCUAGCCUGCGCUGAUCUCAUCAUGGGGCUUUUGGUGGUGCCUCCAGGGGCCACCCUGGUUCUGAGCGGCCACUGGUUGUAUGGCACUAUUGUCUGUGAGCUGUGGACCUCGCUGGAUGUGCUGUGUGUGACGGCCAGCAUCGAGACCCUGUGUGUCAUUGCAGUGGACCGAUACUUGGCUAUCACAGCCCCACUGAAGUAUGAGAUGCUGAUGACCAAGAGCCGAGCACGGGGUGUGGUCUGCCUGGUGUGGGCCGUGGCUGCCUUCAUCUCCUUCUUGCCCAUCAUGAACCACUGGUGGCGGGAUGUAGCUGACGAGGAAGCCUUGCGCUGUUACCAGGAUCCUCAGUGCUGUGACUUUGUCACCAACAAGCCCUAUGCCAUCUUGUCUUCCAUCAUCUCUUUCUACGUGCCUCUGUUGGUCAUGAUUUUUGUCUAUGCCCGGGUCUUUGCCAUCGCUACCAGGCAACUUCAUGUCAUCGAAAAGGACAAGGGCAGGUUCCUUCAGGAUGCAUCCAAAGGCUUCCGCCGUAGGAGGCCCUCCCGUCUCCUGCUUGCCAUCAAAGAGCACAAAGCCCUGAAGACUUUGGGCAUCAUCAUUGGUGUCUUCACUCUCUGUUGGCUGCCCUUCUUUGUGGCCAACAUCAUCAAGGUCUUUGCAAGAUCCUUUGUCCCUGACCCACUUUUCCGCUUCUUCAACUGGCUAGGCUACGUCAAUUCAGCUUUCAACCCCAUCAUCUACUGCCGCAGUCCUGACUUCAGGUGUGCCUUCAGAAAACUCUUGUGUUGCCCUUGGAGAUCGGAUUCCCAGCUUCAUGCUUUCUCCAAGGACCUGCAGAGAUGCCUCCGUGCCUUCAGCUCCCGGGAGAGCAAGUCCAUUGCUACAGUUUCCAGAGAGGAGGAAGAGGAAGAGGAGGAAGAGGAGGACUUGGGCACUGGUAGCACCAGCAGUGGCUCCAGUAACAGGACCGAGGAAACAAAGCAUUUGUAUCUGCCCAGCAACGGGCACAGUUGUACACAGCGUUUUCUGGGGGAAAUCCAACUCCAAGGCACCCAGAUCACUUUGUGUCCACAACUGGAAGAGUAGGUGUUGGGAAUGGUAGUGGGGAUGGAAAGAGAGUUGACUGGAGACUGAAUGGCAUCUGGGGAACAGGGAGAGUCCAAAAUUGUUUUUGGAAGGGUCUACAUUUCUUGCCCUCUAACGUGCUACGAGGAAACUGGAAGGGUUGUGAAGAUGUGUCCUAUCAGAAUCCUUUACAUAGUUGCUUGAAAGCAAGUCUGAGCUAUUCUCACUGAAACUUGCUCUCUAGUAAGUGUGUUCAGAAGAGGAUUUGUAACUACGGUAGUACAUUAAUGAGCAAUGAAUCCUGUGGUAGCUAUUUCAGUUCCUGGACUGUGAACAAAGCUGAUUAUAACUCAGGUGUAAAACAUGCCCUGUAUGCUGGAGCCAGAAUCAGGUGGCUGGUGAUAGGACAUCCUAGAGCAGGGGUCCUCAAACCUGGCCACUUUAAGACUUGUGGACUUCAACUCCCAGAAUUCCCCAGCUGUCCUAGGGCUAUCAGAACUGGGCUGCAGAAUUCCAGAUGCCUACUAGAGGCUGAAAAGAGAUACAGAACACCCAACUCCUUGCUGCUAUGCAGUGGGGUUUCUGUUUUAUUUUUAUUUCAGAGUUAUGACAACACUAGUAAAUCCUUCCUUUUGACCAUUAACUGUCAGUCCUGAUGAUGCUGGCUUAGGCAGAUAAUCUAACCCACUAUAUAGUAGUUUUUGUUACUGUGUCUCUGUUGCGGCUGCAAACUUUGUUUGAUUUCUUUUUCAGAAAUGGACUGACAGUUUUCAGGCACUGAACUGGAGCUCAUUCUUUAGUUUCUCCUUCUCUAGGUGAAAUAUUGAGCAGUUAGGAAGCCCAUGUCCAGAAAUGGCUGUCCCUCUUUGCUGGCUUCUGCAGAAAAAUGUCCCAACAAUUCAGAAUCCAAAUAUCCUAACGGUAAAAUAUAGGGGCACCACCUUGCUCUGGCUUGAAGGCUGGGGUGUGGGGCAUGUUAGAAGAUGCACUUCUCCUUUCUUUGGUGUUAGAUUGACAUGCAUUUUUGAUUUAAGUGCUGGAAUUUGCUAACAUGCUAAGCACCAUAUCCAAGAGAAAGAUGAAUUUACCUCCACUUUGGUGGUGAUCAUUUUGGUGGACCAUGAGAGCAGAAGGGUAAAGGAGAGUUGGGGGAAUAGCUGGAGUGGGUUGAAGGAGACAGAUGGCAGCAGAUAUGAAGGUUGGCAUAAGGAACAGUUGUGCCAGGUACAAAGGAUCAGGACUGUGUGUUAAGUUGCAAUUCAGAAGAUUUAUUGCUCAAGCCUAUGCACAAUAAUCUAGUCAACUAAAGUUCAGUGCUAAAUUGGCACCAGAUAAGAGUCAAUGGAAUUUAAGAGCGGUUUGGCUUGGAUCAUUUGUGGCAAUGUAAUGACUCAAAGCUGAUGAUGCGCUUAACUCCGACCCCUAGUUCCACCUGCUCUUCUCCUACCAGUUGGGGGAACAGCUGGAGUGGAUUGGGGGAGGCAGAUGGCAGCAGACCUGAAGACUGGCAUACUUCAGCCUUCUGCAACUGCUAUCCUCCAGAUAUAUAUAUAAAGUUCUUUUUGUUACCAUUGGGCUGCAUUGCUAGUGACCCUGCCGUUUAAAAGCAAUCCAUUCAUUUAACAGACUGAAUCUUGAAAGGAAAACCUUAUCAGAAGAACAGGGGGAAUAAUAUUCUUUGUAUUCAUUUUAUUACUAGCAACUGUCAACCUCCUAUCAAGAGGUCAAGAGAGAUGGUAGGAUCAAAUUUUAGUACACAAUUCAUAUACUAGAUUCCAAAUGUCCCUUUUUUUCCCCAAAGGCAAAACCCCCAACAACUUAGGAUAUAAAAGGCAGCAUGCCAUCAGCUUUUAUUUGUAAUAAUAAUAAAGUUGGAAGGGACCUUGGAGGUCAUUGAGUCCAACCCCCUGCUCAGGCAGGAAACCCUAUACCAUUUUGGACAAAUGGCUGUACAGUCUCUUCUUAAAAACUUCCA